UAUUCAAAUGUGGGUCAGGGGUGAGAAGCGCGGCGACGUCACGGGCGGGCAAGAUGGCGCCGCGAGGAAGGCGGUGAGAUGCGGGAGGCGCGGGUAUAAUAAAGGCACCGGCGGCGGGCAGCCAGGAGGGAGACACCGGGGCGGAGGAGGCGGCGAAGGAAGAGCCAGAGCCGGCCCUGGCAGAGAGGAAGCAUGCCAUUCAAAAGGUAAUGGUGCAUGUUGCCCCAGGGAAGAUUCCCCCUGUCGGUAGCUGAGGUGAUAAAGUGAACUGUGAAAGGAAGAGAAGGUGGAGAUGGAACUGCCAAAUCAUGCCAAACAACUGCUGCUGCAGCUAAACCAGCAACGAGCCAAAGGUUUCCUCUGUGAUGUGAUCAUUGUUGUAGAAAAUGCCCUCUUUCGUGCCCACAAGAAUAUCCUGGCUGCCAGCAGCAUGUAUUUCAAAUCCCUUGUCCUGCACGACAACCUGAUCAACUUAGAUACGGACAUGGUCAACCCUACCGUGUUUCGACAAAUUUUGGACUUUAUUUAUACUGGCAAGCUCUUAAUGACCGACCAGCCUGGUGAACAGAACUUCAAUGCUCUCCUCACCGCCGCAAGCUACCUCCAACUACCCGACCUGGCAGCCCUUUGCCGAAAGAAGCUGAAACGCAAUGGGCGGUCAUUCGCUGGCAGGGCUGGCGGUGCCCCCAGUGUUGGGAGACCUCCUCGUAGCCAGAGACUUUCCACUGCUUCAGUCAUCACUCGUUAUUCAGGGUCAACUGAGGGGUUGAAGAGCUCUCACUCAAAGGAGAUGCCAAAGGGAAAGAUCUCAGACGAUGAGGUCUUCAUCAGCAGCUCCAACCAAGAGAAUUCUCACGCCUUCAAUAGGGGAAUUAGUAAGAAUGGCGGAGAUGGAAGCAGCAGUAGUGCAAAUGGGAGCAGCGGGGACCAAGAACUUGGCCUCGAUCUGUCCAAGAAGAGCCCUUCGCUUCCUCCAGCAGCAUCCCAGGAUGACACACCGCACAGCGAAAGCCAGCGUGGUUCCCCUCGACCUGCCUCAGCCCCCGCAGCCAACAGUGCCUCACCAUUUGAAGAAUCCACCGCCGGAGCUCCCCCAAGCCUUGCUGACAACUGCGAACCCAUGGACAUGGACUUGAGCGAAGACCGCCAGUCUCUUCCAGAAGGCAGCCAGCGGAAAAGCCUGCGCCACUCAUCCCGCAAGAAAGAGUGGAUCAAGAAGGACAGUACCUUUGACCGGAAGGAGGCUGGUGGCAAAGGCAGCGAGGAGAACGAGGGGCUCCCCAAUGGUAUCCUGGUGAGCCCCUUGUGCAAAUCAGCAGAGCGGAGCCUCGGCCUGGGUGCCUAUGGAUCCGAGUUGCCGUUUGCAUGCAAAGAAGAUGUGGAGAAUGGCAAGGAGAACAGUGACGACAGUGGGCAGAGUGAGAGCGAAAGCGGUGGGCAUACCAGCGCCAACUAUGUCUACCGACAGGAGGGCUAUGAGCCAGUGGCCUUUGGGGACAACCUCUAUGUCUGCAUCCCCUGCGGAAAGGGCUUCCCCAGCUCGGAGCAGCUCAAUGCCCAUGUCGAGAAACACACGGAGGAAGACCUCUACAUCAAGGACGAAGGGACCUAUGACGACAAGGAGGAGGAAGCGGAAGAUCUGUCCAACCCCAACCAGCCCUACACCACCGAGUCCCGCCCCUUCAAGUGCUCCGUGUGUGAGAAGAGCUACAAAGAUCCGGCCACCCUUCGGCAGCAUGAGAAGACUCACUGGCUGACGCGGCCUUUCCCUUGCAAUAUCUGCGGCAAGAUGUUCACACAGCGGGGCACCAUGACGCGGCACAUGCGCAGCCACCUGGGCCUCAAGCCCUUUGCUUGCGAGGAGUGUGGCAUGCGCUUUACCCGGCAGUAUCGACUGACAGAGCAUAUGCGCGUCCACUCAGGGGAAAAGCCCUACGAAUGUCAACUGUGCGGCGGGAAGUUCACCCAGCAACGCAACCUCAUCAGCCACCUGCGAAUGCAUACCUCUCCGACAUAAGCCAAAGACUCUGCAAUGAGCUCAGAGCCCACCCGCCAUAAACAUAACCUUUUCCUAGACUUGCUGCUUUAAAACAAAAAAUGAAACAAAACAAAAAAAGAGGGGGGUCUAUUCUGUUCCCCAUUCAGUCAUCGGAGGUGUCAACCAAACAGAACUCCCUUCCUUCCUUUCUCUUCCCCACUAUUUUUUUAAUGGAUCAGUCAGGUCCAAUUAUAACAAGACAUGCCACAACUCUGGGGCAUGAUGGGACCAUGAGCCCAAGUGUCCAAAGACAGAGAGGAAAGAGAGAUUUCUUCUCAGGUUAGUUCCCAUUGGCAACACAGCUCCUUGUGACUGAAAAAGAGGGGCCCUGGCUACUUCUCUUCCCUAGGUUGGCUUUUGCAGCACUUUGGAAUUGUGAUGAGAAGACACAACCACAUGUCUUCUUUCUUUUUUUGCCCUGCAGAAGGCCUUUGGCUGUUCUCCCUAGCUGUGAACCUUCACAUGCUUUCCAAUGCUUUUCUUUACAAGUUAUCGAUGGGAUAUCGCUACUUGUCAACAGCAUUUUUUGAAAUUCACUCUGUUUUGUGUAUUACUAUUUUUUUCAAUUUGUAACUCCUCCAACAAGGACCGAGGCCAUGUUCUUUACUAUUAUUAGCACCCAAAGUUGUUGCAUGCCAUGAAGGGAAGCACUGACAUCUUUGGACACUGAUUCGCUCUCUUUCCCAAAUACACUCAGACUUCCUUUUUCCACCUUUCCUUCUUUUCCCUCCCUGUCUCUCCUUCUUCCACCUCUUUCACCUUAUCCAUGACUGAAUGGGGGUCAGAUGCCCUCCCCACCAGGGAAUUCCUUUCAAGUGAGCAGAGGUCAUCUUUAUGUUUUGUUUUGUUUUUUUCUUACUAGUUUUGUAUGAAUACACUUUGCUUAGAGGUACUUGUGUUACUACGAGGAAAAAAAACACACACGCAUCGAUAACGUUUAUAUAAUUGUUGGAACUGGAAGGUGUGACGUAACUACGGAGCGGGCGGGGAGUGGGUUUGCUUUAGGCUGGAAUUGCGACAAGUUCCUUUAGGUACUUUUAAAAAAGAAAUUAUUUUGUGUGCGUGUUUGUGGGUGCGCGCGAGUGCGUGGGUGCGUGCGUGUUUUCACUUUUUUUUCUCCCUCACUAACGGACGGGCUGGUAUGAAUGGCCCGUACUCUUUGCUACCUCUUGAAUUCAUGAGAACAAUAAGAUGGUUAGUGAAAUAUUAGGUGUGGCGUUUUGUCCCUACCCCCCUUUUGCCCCCGUUGUAAGUAAGUGUACAGAGUAGAAUCUAAAUUAAAAAGUAAGGGAUUUUUACCACCUCGUCCUUCCGUCAAGAAGUCAGCGAAAGUGAUGAUAGAAGCAAAACUUGGCCAAAGACAAUAGGUAGGUUAUAAGCCAAAGGCCCAAGUGAAUAGCCCUAUAGUGGCCACUGGCUUUCACCAAAUUACCAUUUUUUUCUAUCCAUGAGGAAACUUUUUGUUUGAAAUAAAAAGAGCUUUUGGGCUCUUUCCAGCCUUGUUUAUUGAACCUGGAUACUAUAGGGGAGGAUGUCUCUUAAUCCGCUGCUUUCCGGACACAUCUGUGUGAGCAGGUGACAUCUGACCGGAUAAGAGAAUAUUGAUGUAGCAGGCGAUAUCUUAACUAGGAUCCAGAGUGCAAUAAGAAUGUGGGGGAAAGCCCAACCAAAGUGUUUCAUAUCCUCCCUUUCUGGGGAGGGUAUGGGUGUGUGGUUUUCUUCUUCUUUUUUAUUAUUGUUGUUGUUGUUGUCGUCGUUGUCGUUGUUGUUGUUAAGGAAAUCUUAAUGCAUGCACACAAGAGUUGGAUAAAUGGAAGAGAAAGUUCUCACUGCAUCUGUAGAAGACAUCACAGCCAACAGCUGCUAUAGGUUUAGGAGGAGAGGACAGGGUAUCGCCUGCUAUUUUAUGGCCCCUCGACUUCGUUGGCGUGACCUUUUCGUAAAAAGUAAUGGCUCCCCCCCCCUUUGCUCCCCGCGGGUGGAGUGCGGUGGUAAAAAUUUCGCAGUCCCUUUAGAACGAUCCUCUCUCAAUUGAGUAAGGUUUACAUAUUUGUUUCCUCUUUACCUUUCUUGCUCAAAACCAUUGUUCUUUUUAUUAUUAUUAUUAUGAUUAAUAUUAUUAUUAUUAAUAUUAUUAAUAUUAUUAUUGGUAGGGUUCACCAAAGCCCUAUGUCUUUUUUUUCUUAAAAAAAAAGAAAAAGAAAAAACCUUUUCUUUUCGUCUUUAAGUUUAGACCAAAAAAUAAAAGUGAGCGUGUUCAACUAAAACAAAGAUAAGCUUUCAUUCCCCCUUCCUAUUUUUUGUUUUGUUUUGAAAAAUCCUGUUAAGAAAUAGUCUAUUUUGGGGUCACUUUGAAAUAUAACUCUGUUCCAGAUAGUCAGAGAAUACAGUAUAACCACGUUGAGCCUAAUCAUGUUACAGGGAAUCAGUUCCCAGCCCAAGUCCUAAUCCUUCAUAACUUUACCUCACUUAUCAUGAAGGUGGACACUGCUUCUGACCUCCCUGUCCUUCUAGUGCCACAGUUUAAUUUCCCCAUCUUGGUUUUGUGGGCCACUCUCAGAGCACUGAUCUGAAACCGUUUUCUCUUAUUUCGUCGUAAGAUGUUCUCUCUCUUGGGGGGAAAAAAUCACUAAUUUUUUAAAACCAUGAUCUGCUUCAAGCAAUGAAAACACAACCUUCACCUUGAGUUCUAUGCACAGUACACAUAGCUUUCCCCGUUGGGGAUUCAGCCCUUUGUUUCCCAGUGCAAAGGGGAACUCAUCUUUUACUAUUCUCAACUAUUCCCUCCACAAAGUGAAGAUGGAAAUCCACGCUGGCAGUGGAGCUCCAUGCCCUUAACCACCAGUAACUAACAAAGCUAUUGCGCUUGCACAUCAUCCACCCCUCUUGUGUUACACCAGAUAUAUUUCUUCUUGAUCAUGGGGAAAUCACCACCAUCAUUGAGCACUGGUGGACCUUGCUGUGGUAAGGUUGGCACGUGGUUUGCCAAAAUAAAAACUCCACAUCCACGAAUCUGAAAGUAGGAUUUGGAGAUGUAAACCCACAACCAUCGGCACAGAGUUCAAGUGUGAAAUGUUGGUUUCUCAACAGUGUAGGCCAGUGAUGUCCAAACUUUGGUCUUCUGGGUGUUUGGGACCCCAACUCCCAGAUGCCCAGCUUGUCCAAUGGUCAGAAAACCUGGGAAAUGAAGUCCAAAACUCCUGGAGGACCAAAGGUUGGACACCACUGGAGUAGGACAUCAGAGUUUGGUUUGAUCUAGCCCCCCCAACCCUCUCAGGUUUUCAGAUCUAUUCUAACUCUUGAGAUGCCUUCAGAGCUGAGUCCUGAGCCAGUAAUCUGGGGGCUAAAGUCAAGAGUGGAGGUGUCUUUUGCUUUCUUACUUUCUUAUCCCUUUCUCAAAAGCAGAACAUUACUUCUUCUGCUAGGUCCCAAACUCCAUCUCAAGUUUCCCAUUGACUUCAUUCCAUGCCAUAGUUCUGUGAAGACACCCCACCUCCAUACUUUCUUGAUAUUUCCAGCUGAUAUUAACCGCGAUAAGCAUUAGUACAACCAAACUAAAGAGCUGGUGUCUAGGCCUUCUCCUGAGCCAUGAUGGCAGAUGAAUUCCAAAUGAUAACUUAGCCAGGAAAGAGACAUAUUUGCAUCCAGAGCUGGCCACAUGUAGCAUUGACCCACUCACUUGGUGGCAAAGCCGAGCCUACGGAAACCAUGGUUGUGUUCCCAUCAUGGUGUGUUGCUGCUUGGUAAAUGUUUAUCAGUUGUUAUCCAAAGAGGACCCCCCGAAGAUGUAGCUAGUGCAAGAAGUAUGCCUCAGUCCCUCGGAGUUGUGUUAGACUUCUCAUAGUUGUGUGUGGUGAAGGGUGGGUGAAGGUAUUAGAGUUGGUUUGGAUUUUGUGUUGCUUAAGGUUUGAAGUUUUUGGAAUCUUGGAAGUUUCAGGAUCUGCUUUUGUUGGGGGGUUGUUCUUUUUUUUAAAAAAUCAUCAAAGCAGCCUCUUCCUUCUUUUAUUUCUCCCCUCAGCACUUAAAAAAAAUGCGACAAAAAGUCUGUGUACAGCGCGAGUAUUGUACCAAUACUGAAAAAAGUGUCUCCUUUUUUUUCUCCUCCCCUCCCUUCCUGAACGUAAUAGUGUAGAGUUGUGUUCCAUACACCGAGUUAAUGACUUCUUUCCAUAUGGUGACAAUAAUAAUGAAAAACCUAAUAAUACUCAAAACUUCAGGGACUGUUCAGGACUCAUGUAUAGAGGGUCCGGACACUCAAAACUGCAUUUGUACGACAUAGUAUUGUAUCAAGCAUUUUCUGUAUUUUAAUGAGAAAGCAAAACACUAGUUUCAUAUUUAAGAUUUUAAGAGUUCUAGGGUUAGGGUGGGGAGGGAAUUGCAUUUUUGGUUUUGGUUUUUGUUUCUUAUUUUGUUUUGUUUUUGAGAUACGAAAAGAGCCUCCUGAGGGGACUAAUUUUUUUCUCAUGUAAGGUUACAGAGGCCUGGCAGCUUAAUUCUAUGUUUUAGUCAGUUUAGAUCCAGAAUGUGUUCGGAGUAACAGGAGAAGAAGAUUAAAGAGUAAAGUAGGGGGAAAAGUUGUAUUAAAAAGAUAGCUCAUACCCAAAUUCACAAAAAAACUAUUUUUUAAACCAAAGCACAUUUUGAAUGAGUAUGGAACCUCACUUGGCUCAGAAAAAAAGAAUUAAUAUAUUUAUCUCAUUGUUUACAUAAACUUUUACAGUUACAGACCUCAACAGAUCUUAGGGGCCAGUCAAAAUUAAUCGUCGCUUUUUCCAUUGGUUUAACCGUUUUUUUAAAAAAGGGCUAUGACCAACCGUUGUGUUAUGGGAAGUUAAUUGAAAAUGGAAAACACCUCACUAAUUCUGUAGGAAGUUGUCUAUCUUCUAGCACAUGUUGAGCAUGCAUACAAUAUCAGUAUCAGUGAGCAACCCAUGGCUUUCUGGAUGUUAGGUUUCAACAAGCCCAGUUGGCAUGUCCACUAGUCAAGGAUGAUUGGCAUGGGAGCUUAGGGCACUCGUUGGUUCUAUUAUUCUCACCAAGUCAAUGGAUGCCCUGUGAUUCAAGGCCUCCAUCUAGAGCAGUGGUUGUCAACCUGUGGGUCCCCAUGUGUUUUGGCCUACAACUCUCAGAAAUCCCAGCCAGUUUACCAGUUGUUAGGAUUUCUUAGAGUUGAAGGCCAAAACAUCUAGGGACCCCAGGUUGAGAACCACUGAUCUAGAGUAGUGGUGUCCAACCUUUGGUCCUCCAGGUGUUUGGGACUGGCCAGUUUGUCCAAUACUGAAGGAAUUCUGGGAGCUGAUGUCCAAAACACUUGUAGGACCAAAGGUUGAACGUCACUAGGUUACAUCACAGCCUUUUGGAGGAAUGGACUUCCAUUGGCUAAGAUACCACUGUGCUGGACAGAAUGGUACAUCUUUAGGGUCAGUUAUAUAUGGUGUCUAAGAAAGCGGUGAUCAGGAGAGUGAGGGACAGUAGAAUGCAGAAAGGAGAUAGAUAUUUCAUCCAGACAUCAGAGAGGACUAAUGAAGAAGACAGAUGGUGGGUGAAAUCAACAGAAAGGCAUCUUUAGAAGGGAAGAGGUGGGCACUUAACACUGGCUGUGACAGUCAGGCUGUCCUUUCUAGCCCCCUUGCAAUGGGGGAUUGCCAAAAAUGCAACCAGCCAGAGGUGACUCAGGAGCCACCACACAACAUUUGCACCAAAGAGCUUCUGAGAAGUAGCUUUAUUUUGAGCACGAGUCUCAGAAUGGUCCUCUGUGCCACCCUGAACAGCCCACAGCUAUGAAAGGGCUUCUUAAUCUAACCAAGAUCAGGCAUGGGUUUGGGGGCAUGGGUUCCUCUAGUCAAUUGGUUAGGUUCCGUCUCCCAUUGACCCAUGGGAGAUGGACACACACUCCAGUGGGACUUUUCUUGGUGGGGCUUUUACGUUUCAGAUCCCUGAAAUGGGACAUCUGCCCAGCCCAGAUCACAGUCUGGCAGCUGUUUUCUCUCCCUUGCAAGGCCUUGUGGGCCAUGGGAUUUUGGACAACCCAAGGCACAACAGAAGGCCAUUGAGGUUGAAGGCCAUUGAGAGCCCUUGCUCGCCUUCUAUGGUAGAACCUUUUCUCCUCCAGUAACUUGGUCAGACUGUGACCUGGGUUGGCUGGAUCUCAGGUGUGUAGUCCAUAUGUGUGGAAGCAUUCCUUGCGUAUUAUUUUUUCUAAAGGGAAGAACCCAACAGACAUAGGAAAUAUUUCUGUGUAAGAAAUGGCAUGCCAGGUUUUGCAUUGUUUAGAUAAAAAGUUAGAAUGAUGACUGAAGUCGGUCUAUAAUUUCUGAAGCGCUCGCUCUCCAAAAUUAUACAGGACUCCCAAAGCGACAGCUCUUGUCGAAUUUUUGUGCCGUUUUUAUUCUACUUUUCUUUUGAAUGCCAACGUCUCUUCCUCUUAAGUGUAAAAUCCAUAAAGUGAGAAGAGUUGGGGCAGAGCUGAUGGAAAACAAACCUAUUAAUUUUGCCUGGUCUUGAAUAUCUUAACAAAGAUGGUGCAAACACUAUUUGACAGUGUUGUUUUUUGUAUCAAUAUGUAUGUGCAGUAAUGAAUGUAUUUAUUUCUCAAGAUUCUGUAUGCACAGUUUUGCAAGGAGAAGAAAGAAAGAAAAAAACUCAUUUGCAAAGAGGAAAAAAAAAUUGUGUCCGCAGGGUCUUCGCUACAGGAUUUCAAAAAAAGUGUUUAAAAAAGUUAUAAAACUUAAAAAAAAAGAAUCUCAGAGACUCUCUGCAUAGCCAUAAACCAUAACCUGUGAAGACAAUACAAAGACUGGACUUUUGUAGCUUUUUUUGCAUAGAAGACAAAUUUGUUUUGCUGUAUUUAAAUGUUUCCAAUUACGGUGUCACUCUUAUACGAUUUCUUGUCUUCUUUUUUCCCUCUCAUAUGUUUGUAUGUGUGUGUAUAUAUGUGUGUGUGCGUGCGUGUGAGCAAGUGUGGAAAAAAAAGCACUGAUUUUGAGCGGUGCAGGUCAAAGUCUGGGUUAGCAGUAUUUUUCUUUUUUACCAUGUCACUUCUGUUCUGAAAAACACAGGAAUGUCAGACUUGGACAAGGAAAAUGCCUCGGGACGUUCUCUAAAAGAAGGGAACCUGAGAUCCGGUGGAGGAUUUUCUUUUUCUGUUUGGUUUUUUCAUGACUGUGGCAAAACUGGAGGAGAGAGCAAGCAGGUAGAGGCUCUUUUGGGUGCGCCAAUUGGGGGAAAGUCCGAAUGCCUCCCAUCCUGUUCCUACCGUUUUCUUAGCCUUCUCAGUGUUUACAGUGUAAGCAAUAAUGGUCAAAUAUUUUGACAGUUAGAUGGGGCUCAUCGGAGACUAGCGAGGGAAAAAAACCAAGUUGUUGCAGUGGGCUUGCCAUUGAGCUGAUCCUGUUGGGUUUCCCGUCCAAUCCCAUGCGCUCAGGUGUCGUAUCUGGCUUUAUGUUGUUUCCGCCAUAAUGCACUACAGCGUGAGUGAGCAGUACCACGUAUCGGCCUGCCUGAGUAAAGUUGGGUGGCUGUUUGUUGUUAAGGCUUAAAAAGACCAUAAUGUGUCUUGUGUGAUGUGAAGCAACCCCUCAUCUGAGCAAAAUCAAGCCAAUCCUAAGCAAAACCUGGAAAUAUGGCUGCUUAUAGAUGAGCAAAUGUUGAAGUCACUGUUCCACCUUGGACAUUAGAGUCAUUAGGCACAGAGAUGUAUAGAACAGCCAAGGUCGUCCUCCUUGAAGGACCCAUCUAGAAGAUGGAUGAGGAUCAGGGAAGCAACAGGCCAAGCUUAUCGUCUUCCCAGUCUGCGCUUCCUGCUCUGGGUUGUCCAUGACUGUUCUUUCUGGACAGGAUUCCAGACACGUCUUUCCUUGGCAGGAAGGGAGAAAGGGCCAGCUGGGAAAUGUCCCUCCUCUCUGUGCUUCUCAGGAGGCCACUCUUCCCUCUUUUACGAGGGCCGUCCGGGUCAUGUCCCAAACAUCUGCCCAGAACAUCGGCUCUUGGCCCAUGAUUUUCAGAGCUCAUCUUCUUUGUGGGCCUUGAAGCAAUAAAACUACCAAGCCAUGGAAUUGAAGGGAAUGUUUAUGCCAACUCUUGUCUUGUCUGUCUGUCCCCCAAGAGGGACACUUACAUUGCGUUCUGAACUGUUUACCGCAGGGAUUUUUUAAAAAUGUAUAUAGGACUUCAAAAGGAGGGCCAAAGAGCCUUUUCACAUCCCUCUGCUAGUUUACAUUGCCACCAAAUCUCUGGAUCUGGUGGCGCAACACAAGCUAAUCUUGUGUCGUUGCCUCACUUCUGUCACCCUGAGACCAACCUCUCUUUGGGCCCGCCUUGGGGCCCUUGCUUGCCAUCAUGGCUUCUUUCUCAAAUUUGGGAACAGCCUCCAAAACCAAAUCCCUUCUCCUGGAAAGGAAGGGGCUACUAGUCUCUGGAAGGAACUGCCUAUACUUGGGCCAGCUUCUUUUCUCUGAGCACGUAGCUUCAUGUGUUACGGGGACGAAUCCCCUUUUCUACCUCACUUGUACCUCCAGUGGAUGUUGCAAUACUUUUUUCUCUUUUUUAAAACUGUCAGAGUUCUUGGAAAGGACUUGGAGAACGGGAACCUCUUUUUUUUCUGGUGAUACUCUUUUCUUUCUGUGUGCCCUCCCCGCUGGGCCAAACAGCAUUGGACAUUGUGGUAUGGAUGCGUUGGCCGGCGUUUCUCCAUUCAUGUAGGAAUAGCUUCGAUAACUCUUGGUGUCAAGAAAAGGGCUUAGGCAGUUCGUAGAGUUUGCUUUUACUCCCAGAUAGAUUAUAGGUAUAUUUAUAAUUAUCUAUAAUUUGACCAAUCUCAAGGUGUUGGCAGUAACUGCAUGAACCCACUUGUGACUGUGAAAUUGCGCAUUUAUUUUCCCUUUCAGGGAGGGGAGAUCAAAAAGCCUCCUUUGGAUUAUUACAUUUUUUUAAACCUUAAAGUUCAGCUGGAAGAACGGCUUCCCGCCUCUCUCCUUUUUAAGCCUUAACUCUCUGUCCAACCAAGAGUCCCAGAUGUUUCCUCAAGCAUGGCUGACAUUCCUGUUGCAAUGUUCUGUUCCAUUUCCUUCAAGAGCUUGAAUUCAGGUCAGAGUUGCAGGAUGCUGUGGCUGCAACUCAAGUGUCAUAUGGGGAGGGGGGUUUAAAAAUAAUACAGAAAUUAUAAGAUGAUCUCAGCAUUCAGUAAUUUGCAGUCUUAAUGUACAGUGAUGAGAAACUGUUAUUUUAUGAACUUUUCAUUAAAAGGUUGAUUGAAAAUUGCAA